AAACAGGUGCAGCCAUGCAAGAAAGCAUACGUUUUGCUUCAUCAGGAGAUGACAUUAAAAUAUGGGAUUCCUCAUCUCUAACUGUGGUGGAGCAGUUCAACCCACAUACACCCACACAUCCAGUCAGCUCAUUAUGUUGGGCCAGCAAUAAUAGAUACCUGGCCACUGCUUCUGCUGCUGGUGAUAAAAUAGUUGUUUUGAGCUGUAAAAGCAAACCUGUUCCACUGUUUGACAUAGCUGAAGGAGCAAAACAGACAUGCGUGAGCUUGAAUUCUAGUUCUUCGUAUAUUGUGAGCGGAGGCCUUGAUAACACAGUUAAUAUCUGGGAUCUGAAAUCCAGAAAGGUCUAUCGUAGCCUUAAGGAUCAUAAAGAUGAAGUCACGUGUGUUACAUAUAAUUGGAAUGAUUGCUACAUUGCUUCUGGAUCUUUGAGUGGUGAAAUUAUCCUACACAGUGUUACCACCAAUUUAUCAAGUGCUCCCUUUGGUUAUGGCAGCCGUCAG